UCACAGCGUGCCGUGCCGUGCCGUACCGCUGAGGCAGCUCUCGGCGGCCUUGCAAGGUUCUGGUUCCUUCUGGAUGACGCACACGUCGUUGUCGGCACGCUGAUUGAUUGACAUCGAUCCGAUCAACAGAUUGCCAGCCACGUGAGCGAGAGAUGUUAUGUUGCGUGGGGGUUGGGUUCUUGCUUUCCUCUUGGCUUACUGACUAGCUGACCUUUCUGAUAGUUGCAGUUGUGCGCCAUCUCGUGCCAUCCCCACAGAAGGCGUCGCACUGCGUCACGUUGUCCUUCUUGGUCUCGCAGAUCUCGGGCACCGAAGUACUCCCGUCCACUGCAGACAGAGGUGACGGAUAUGUGACACACGACAGACACCGAGACAGCCAGCCUCAUUGGAUUGGAUUGGCUCCAUCCACCCUGUGACCCACACACCCAUGUGCUUACGUAGCUCCCAUCUUGGUCUGGCGGCUCUGCCUGCAACACAGGAAGUAAGUCACAGUUGUUGACAUCAAGAAUCAAGCACAGUGAGUGAAGGGCCAGUACAGUACAGCAGAUGAGUUGAGUGAGGGCACAGCACAGCACACGUACCGCAGUCGCCAUCGUCGUUGUCACAUUGGUCUGAGACGAAGCACUCCGGGUCGCAUAUGCCGUCGCCGACGAACGAACUCGGACACCCUGGCGCGCACUCAGAUGCAGGAGAAGAAGCCCCUACGCCAAUAGUUUAAACACAAGACGACAACACACAGCAGCUGAGACGAACACUUAACGUGCGUGAAGCCCUCCCUCUCUGUGUGUAGGUACCUGGUGCUCUGAGUGCUCGUGAUGGCCGCCGUCUGCCUGUCCCCCCCGAGGCGAUGCCCGUGAGCAUUAGGAUCAGGAAGAUCAGUUGGACAAGCAGCCGUCCCCACGGCCCGCCGCACCAUCGCCACCUCCAGCUCCCCCCCUCCGCCCCUCUCCCGUAGGUCACAUGGUCCUUCAACCCUCCCGCGGCCGUCAGCGGCAUGCACAGCGAAGAAAAUCGGCUCUCAGAUGGUCUGAUGGUACACCCGAGCACAGACACGACGAGAAAUACGAUAGCCGGAGCAGAGAUGAAGCGGAAAACCAUCAAUCAGGGCAUCUCGCCGGAAACCUCAGUAGACAGAGCCUCCCGGCCUUCAAAAAACAGAUCGACUCGCCAAGAGGAAGAUCUGCGAUGCGGUGCCCUGACGUUGGGGAUCCUUGCUUUCUUCG